AUGAACACUGCGGAUGACAACACAGAAACUGCAGAAGAAACGUCCAAGGCAUCAAGAUGGAACGCGAUGAGAGAAAAACGACAAUCCCGAAUCCGUCCUCCCGAGAGUUCCAAGGCGAAGAAGGGUGCAACCACGCGGGAAGAACAAAUCAACGAGCAGGAAUCUGACAAACCAGACAUCCUUGACCUAUUUGCCAAGGAUGAACUUAUGGAAGGGUGCAUACCUUUAUUCCUGUCGAAAGCAACCCAGCAGGUUUUUAACGUUGUUGCUGAUGAAAAUGUUACGCGACUGAAGCCAAGCGUACUAAUUCAGAAAUCGGAGAUACUUAGGGAUAUUCAAAUGCGUGCCUCUGUAUCCGAUUUCAGCGUCCAUAAGACCAUCAUCAAUGGCUAUAAUGGGCUAGAAAUUUUGGUGAUUUAUGACGCAGAUAUGAAGUUUGGUGAGAACUUUGUUUUGGUUACGAAUGAGGAGGUUAAAAAUCAUAUCCUCAAUCCCAUCGAAGAUCAGAUGGACCAGCAAAAUGAUGACGAUGACUCGGAUGCGGAACUCGAAGAAGCCAGCGACUCGGUAACAUUCUACCGUCCUAAUAUUCGUCGACCGUGGAUUAGUCUUGGUUCAGACAAAGAGGUAAUGGAAUCUUCCAUCAUAGAGACCCGCCCAAAAGUAUACACAAUCUUUCAGCGGCCAAGACGCGAGUUUGGGGCACCGGUAACUUUUUCCGACCGAGACGCGACAGAUAAAGGUGCUAGUAGUUUGGUGACUACAGUACCAGAAAAGGCAAAUGAAAUUCCGAUAAUGGAAGUGGACAAAAGUGUGUCUAACGCUCAAUCAACAAGCGAAAGUGGAACAAACACGGACUGGAAGUAUCCUCGCAACGCUUUCACCCAAUACACUCCAAGAGUAUUGACAGCGGAAGAACUGCAAACCAUGUACGCCCCAGGUGGUCCGCUUCAGGAUAUAGGCAAACACUUUCCAACAUUGAAACAGGGAUUGUUGCAAAACAUGAUGUAUGAUUUCUUGGCAAGUGAUUUUGAGAAUUUGGCAGCUGGGGAUGAGACGUAUGACACACGGGCAGACAAUACAUUUAAAGAAUUCUUAUCAUUCACCGACCUGAAGUUCAGUAAGGAUAAGGCGGUAACUGACAUUCAGUGGCACCCCACAAUCAAAGGAAUUGUGGGAAUGUCUGUGGGAGAGCGAAUUGACUAUGACCACCGUGCUGACCAGUGUUGUCGCAUACUCCUCACUUCGACUCAUAUUAUUUUAUGGAGCUUUGCGGAUCCCAUUCAACCACAGUUGCUUCUGGAAGCGCCGGAAGAUAUUCUCUGUUUCCAGUUUAACCCUACGGACCCGAACAUUGUAGCAGGUGGAUGUUUCAACGGAAUGGUUGUUCUUUGGGAUAUUGAGAAGCACAUGGAAGACCUACGUAAAGUCAAAGCAAGAAUGAAAACAAAAAACAAGGCUCCGCUUUUUUCCUUUGAUGACGCAGAUCCCAACAGAGUUCCCGUUUCUCCAUACUGUGCCGUCAGUAACAUUGAGGCUUCGCAUACGUCUCCAAUAUUAGACUUGAAGUGGGUACCCGAUCAUGUGGAAAUUAACCGACUGGGCUACUGCCUUGAAAAUGUCAGUCUCAAAUGCGUACAACUCAUCACAAGCGGGCUGAAUAAUGAGCUGUUGUUCUGGGACAUACGCCCAGACCGGUCACCUCUAGCAGUUGAUAAAACCCGAGACUCAAUUGUACCUCCCCGUAAUGUACCGACCACGUUUAUGGCACUGGAUAUGAAGUGGAAACCAUUGCUUAGAGUGCACUUGUACAAAUCUGAACCAGGAGGAGAUCAUGCCCCAACUAAAUUUUGCAUUCGGUUCUACAUGAUUUUGGCCCGCUUUCAGGAGGCACAGGGUGAUCGUCGAAUUUUGAACGCAAACGUUGAAGAUCGAACGAAUCCAGCAAUGAAAUCGUCCACACUGAAGAAUAAACCUCUUCAGGGGGCCAGUACUAUGCUUUAUGUUGGCACCGAAGACGGAGACCUCGUCUACGUAGACUGGAUGCCACAGAAAGACCCGGAUACGGGAAAAAUGCAGACUCCUAAACCGGAAUUCUAUGCAACUCAACAUGACGGUCCGAUUUCUUACCUCGCUAGAUCGCCAUUCGAGCCGUCCGUUUUACUGGUGGUCGGAGGCUGGACGUGGUCCAUUUGGAAGGAGGGUGUAAAUAGCGGACCCCUUUUGGAAUCCGGUCAUGCACAAAAACCGCUGACAGUAUUCUUCAUAUGUAGAGCCGAUGGCAGCCUGGAAGUAUGGGACCUACUAGACAAAACACAUGAGCCGGCUAUGGUCCAAUCGGUGUCAGCAAAUGCACUUACCGCUAUCUCACUGUGCAAUUUCUCAAAAAGACAGAUUGUCGCAAUCGGGGACACCCAAGGAGCUUUACAGCUGUUUGUGGUACCUCGACGCCUCAGAUCCAUACUGGCCUCAGAACUUGCCAAUUUCAAUGCCUACAUUGAACGUGAAGUGCGACGUCGAGAAUUCGUGCUGAUGCGUUGGAACCUUCGUGAGCAAGAGAAAAUUGAACAAGAAGCUGAAAGGAAGAGACAGGCCGGGAUCGCACCUGCUGUCGUGCUCACAGAAGAAGAAACGCUGCAGAAGGAAGCGUUACAACCUCGAAGUCUGUUUUCAAACCCCCCGAAAGCCGUCUACUUGGCCACCUUCAAUGUUCGCACACUGAAGCAAGCGGAUCAACAGGUGGCUCUUGCGCGUACGCUGGAUUCCCUCUGUAUUGAUGUAUGUUGUCUGUCGGAAACAAGGACACAGGAGGCAAGUACUGUGAUCAAACUGACUGCCCCUUCGCUCUUUUCCAGGUUCCGGCUGCGCACCUCUGAUGAUGCGGAGGCUGCUACAGCUGGAUACGCUGGGCACGGCCCAACCAGGCUCACUCAAGCACCGGAUAUCAGACCGGUGGUACUGCUUGCAUCUUGUAGAAAUAUCCCAGCCAGUCCAGAAAAUAACCUGGCUAUGACGAAUUACCAGACGUCAAUUGAAAAGGAGAACAAAGAAGAACGCUUCGAGUCGCGGGCCGAAUACUUCAAACAACAGUUGUCGUGGCCACCAGCUGUCACUCAUCUGGAGCCCACAGUUGACGUAGAACCAUGGACGGUGAAUGUGGAACCACCAAAGGCCUCGAAGGUUUACGACCGUGCAUCUUUUCUCCAGCGCCAUCGAGUUUCUAGUCCGGAUGACCUUCCACCCGCACUGUUCAAAGACGGGGGUGAAGUCCUCAGUCGACUGACUGUCGACUGUCUGACUUGUUCGCCUGUAUUUGAGAAAAGGAAGUUGUUCCAGACAACUGGGGGAUUCGGUGAUACUGCCCAUUUUCAAAAAGGGUCUCGUAGUGAGUGUGACAACCACAGGGGGAUCAGCUUGACCCCGGUUGUAACGAGACUGUUGGCGUCAAUUGUGCUUCGUCGCCCUACGGUGGCUGGUGAGACACUGACUCGAGAGCAACAAGCGGGAUUCCGGCCUGGUAGGGGUCGCGUUGACCAAAUCUUCUCACUUCGACAGGUGCUAGAACAACGCCAUACGUAUAAGCGACCCACGAUUCUAGUACUCCUGGAUUUGCAAAGGCGCUUUGACUCGGUUGACCGGUUUGUUCUGCGUGACAUACUUGCCCAUCAAGGAAUGCACCACAUGCGAAAGUGUAUGGAGAGCUCCUGUACACGAAGCGGUAUAUGUCGAGGAUGCCCACUCUCUUCAUCCCUAUUAAACUUCGUGAUCGAUGAAGUCAUGAGACGAACGCUAAAACGUCUCCGAAACCCUGGUGUUCAAAUAGCCUGCUAUAAGAAACUUGUCGAUCUGGAAUAUGCAGAUGACAUCGUUUUCAACUUCGAAGAGUAG